AUGGAGUACUACGCGAUUUUUAUCCCGGACAAAGAGCCCGUCUUCUCCAUCAAGGGUUUUUACGUCGAUAAGGCAGAAGCGCUGUCCGUGCUGAAGCAAAACAAGGAGGCUCGCAUGAAAGCGUUCGCGUCGUCCGAGGAGGCAGUGUAUUUUUACCUCAAUGGACCGUCGGACACGUUCAACAAAACUGUUACUGUGACAACUCCUUCGUCGAUCAAGUCGCUGUUUGUAGCGCCGACCAGCCAGAAGUUGGUGGCCUUCCGCAAGAUGAUCGAAGCGAACAAUAUUGCCGAGGUGACGGCGACGAUUCGCAACCCGCGCUACCUGGUCAGCUCGGGCGAUACGCCGACGAUCCUCAAGGAGGGUCCGCGCUACAACGCGCUGCACAUCACGGCCAUCGAGGGGCGCGCUGAAAUCUGCCGGCUGAUACUGCAAACGAUCGAGAAUAGUUCCUACAUCGAGAGGCUGCACGGUCAGCGGACGAAUUCGACCGACGAAGUGAGCACCAUCCUGCUGGAUCUGUACCUCAACACGCCGGACAAGUGCCGCAGCGAGACGCCGCUGCACUUCGCUGCCAAGCAUGGUUCGGUUGACGUGGUGAGGGAGCUGAUCGCGUACCCACAGUGCCAGGUGACGCCCAACUCGGACGGGCUGUACCCGCGGGAGAUCAUCUGCAGCCGGGCAAAGCCGCACUGCGCCACGCCGGAGGUGCGCGAAGCGAUUCGCUGUCUGCUGGAGGAGCGGUUCUUCGUGCCGCUGGUGCGCUACGAGGACAAUCUGAUACCGCCGGUCGUCGGCAAGCCGUUCACGCCGACGCGCACCGCCACCGUGCCAAUCGUGGAGGAAUCGCGCUCGUCCACGCUCAGCCCGAAGGGCGAGGUGAAGGCGUACGCCGGACCGAUGGAUCGCAGCAAGGCGGACUCGUUCUACCGGCGCUGGAAAACACCACCCCGGUUGGUCGUGCUCGGGGCGGAACGGAUGGAUAGGGUGCACAGCAGCGAGCAGCUGGGCCUUCGUGCGUGUUCCACGCCGAUCAAACUGCGCACCCAACCCCGCCAGCUGUUUGCCAAUCGCUCGCUAGACAACGAUGAAAACAACACCGCUGACGAUGACUCGCUGCUCGAGAGGUCCCUUUCGAACAGCUCGCUGUUGUCGAACGGCAACGAGGAGGAAGCGCCAGUGGAAGAGGACACUAAUGGAAACCAUGUGCGUUUAAUGGCGCCGGCGGUGGCGAGCACACCGUUCCGUCUGUUCCACCAGUAUCGCCAGCUGGCGAGGGACGACAUGGACAACAGUACCGACUCGGACGCAGGGUCGAUCGGCGAGGUCAGCUUUAGCUACCUGUGCGACAAAACGCGCACCCUCUACGACCGGUCGCGGCUGUGCGAGACGCCCACGCACCGGGAACGGUCGCUGCGGCUGUCCAAUAUCGACAAGGGCCUGGAAACGUUGGGCCGCACGCUGGCGAGCAACGAAAGCGUCGGCUGGAAGGAGUACUGGAACUUUCUCGGCAAGUUUUGCGAUCUGACCAGCGGGGAGGGCUUGCAGCUGUUCGAGGAGUACCUGGCAAAUGCCAGCGAACCCCAAAGCACACCCGACAAGGAGGGGAAACCCGGCAGUCCAGCCGGGUCGGCAUUGGAGCAGCAGCAGCAACCGGAAGUCGGCGAUCCGGUCAACGCCAACACCAGCAUCAGCGUGCUGUGCGAUGGCAUGCAAAAGUUCACCAUCCGAGAGGCCUCCUCGCAAGGGAUCGGUGACUGCCAGCCGCUCGAGGUGAUCCCGCAUCAGCAGCAGCAGCAGCAAGUCUCCAACCCCUAUCUGUGUGUCACCUCGUCGCUGAAAGUGUUCGCCACGCGCUUCGUGAUGAACAUGGAAAACAAGGCGCCGCAACCGAAUGGAGCCAACACUGGCGUCUCCUCCCUGUCGCACAUCGUGAAGAAGCUGGACGCGAUGGUGGACAACUUUCGCAGUGACAGCGUGUUUCGUGAUAUCGACUUCCACAAGGCGCACAAGCUGUUCGUGUGGCUGGUGCUGAGCCUCGCGUCGGAUCACAGCAGCACGCGGAAUGUGCCCUGGCUGGGGCUGCUCAGUUCGUCGAACGUCAACAACAACAGCUUCGAGUGCAUCCGGACGCUGCUCCUCUCGACGCUGCGCGAUCGAGGGCGCGUGCCGACGAAGCUGGCCGUCGACUCAGAGGCUGACUGCCGGCGGCUAUGGCUGGAGGAGAGUCUUAUCACGCCGUGCGACUGCAACUACGUGCCAACAUUGAACGGGAGCAGCCGGCGCACGAAUGUCCGAUUGAAGCGGCAUGAGGAACGGGUGAAGCGCUUGAUGAUGGACAUCGGGCCGGCGAACGCGUCCCCCGCCCCCGGCAACAACCUAGUCGUCGACUUUAGCACCUAUCGCUCCAUCCAAGCCAUACCGUCCCCGACCAGCACGCCACCGGCGCUCACUGCAAUAAAUCGAAGCGAUUCGAGUGAGGACGAAGAUAUCUAUUUGCGCUGCAGCAACACGGAUCAGGAGGAGGAGGAGGAUGAGCAUGCGCAGAAUGUUGGACUGCAGAACGGAACGAUCCACAGCAACGACGACGAGGACGUGUUCUUUACGUCCCCGUCGAGCCCGACACGCCGAUCGAAAGCCUUCACCUGGGACACGAAUAACAACACCGCUGCCGCCCAACCCAUGGCGACGGAUUCUCCCACACUCGUCGACGAUGACGGCGGUGAUGCCACGGCGCAAACGUUCAUCUCCGGCACGGCUGCCCCGACCAAGCAGGACUUCGAUGUGUGGACGGCGCUGGUCGGCGUCGAGAUCGAUCGGGGCCAGUAUCCGCACGUGCACGCGUGGAUGGAGGCAAUGCGUGACCACAUCGCGACCACUAGCAGCAGCAACCAUGAUGCGGAGCAGCAGCGCCGCCCGCAUUUACUGAACUUCAGCACCGAAGCCAUCGAUUGUUUGGAAAACAGGCUUCGCCCUUUCCUCUGA